AUGUUGCGAGUAGCCGCCACAUCCAUCGCCCGAAGGGCCGCAUUCAACAGGAUACAAUUAUCCAAAAUGGCAACUGAAACAGCCCCCACAACCGCACCCGCUGCUGGCAAGCUCCUCCUAAACUUUGCCGUCCCUCAUACCACUCUCCUCAAAAAUGUCGAAAUCACCCAAGUCAACAUCACAUCCAGUGAAGGGGACAUGGGUAUCCUCGCUGACCACGUACCAAUGAUUGCCCAAUUGGCUCCCGGUAUCGUCGAGAUCUUUCAGGGCGCUGACAAGACGAAAAAGUUUUUUGUGAGUGGAGGAUUCGCAAUCAUCAACCCAGACUCGACAAUGAAUAUUAAUGCUGUCGAAGCCGUGCCUUUAGAACAAGUCGACUUUGAUGCUGCACGUCGAGGAGCCGACGAAGCAACACGAAAGGCUUCCGCUUCAGGUGCUUCGGAAAUCGAAAAGGCUGCUGCAAAAGCUGAACUAGAGGUCUUUGAAGCUCUUGUCGCUGCUCAAAAGUCGGCUUAA